GCUGUUGGAAAACUAAACGAACCAAAACUUUACUUCUCUACAGCAUGCCACAGAAAGGUAAGCUCGCUCUUUCCUCUCUCUCUCUCUCACUCACUCACUUUCUCUCUCUCUCUCUUCCUCUCCCUCUCUCUCACUUUUACCCUCCCUCCCUCUGUCCAUCUCUUUUCUCUCGCUCUAUCAGUCAGAGCAUGGAGAUAAAAAAAAAAGUUUCACUUCAUAAGAACUAGAUGGAGAUCGAUACUAAAAAAAAGAAAAACCGAGACAGAAAGAAACAAAGAAAGACAAAAAUUAUUACAAUUGUUUAAUUUAAUGAGAAAAAAAAAGAGAGUAAAUGGAGAUGAAGAGAGAAAAGGGGGAUUUUUUAGACGCGGUGGAAAGGAAAAAAGAGACAGGGAGAAAGGAGUAUUACGAUAUUUUCUCCUCUUUUAUGUAAGUAUUUUACAAAAGAAGAUUUUUUUGGAAUAUCAUCAAUACUUUCUCUUAGAUAAGUUGGUUUUCAUGUCUAACAGGUGUGUAUUCCUAUUUUGGCAAACAGAAGCUCUGAAUCAAAGCAAGGGGGGGGGGGGGGGGUAAAUUUUGAAACAUUUUGAAGACUGAAUCACUGGAAAAUACUCCUUUAAAGUAAUUCAAACAAAUAUAAAAUAGUUGUUCAGAGGUUUGAAUCUAUUACGGUAAACCUGCUCUGGAUGUAAGGGCUCCUGACUCACGGUCAAAAAGACACAAACUUGUCAUUUUAGCGUAAAUGCUUCACACCUGAUGCUCUACAUUCUUCUUGACUCGCGAUUAUUUUGCCUUGAAGACAAAACUGAGGGCAAAAUAUUACACAAAAACAAACAACCGCACGAGCGACCCUAAAACACCUCUCGCUCUGGCUUCGGCGCUCGAGCUGGGUGCGCGAGGUGAUGCCAGGCGCUCCAUCCUCGGUGAUGGAUGAGGAUUAAUAUCAAUCAUCUCAGAGCAUAUUCUCUGCCGGAUUAUGACGGCUUGGCAGAGGUAAGAGAUCAGUUUGAGCUCCGUGUGGGUAAAAGGAGGUGAAGAUGUGUACUCUCAAGUGUGUGCGCACUUAUUAGAACACAUUCAGAGAAAAACUAUCGCGAUAAUUUCCCAAAAGGCGCUUGAGUACACUGAAAACUGCUUUAUGGGAUAAGGACAAUAUUUUGGACAGCAUGAAUGUUAAAUUGUUGAAUUAGUCAGGUUAAAACUGGAGCAUCUAUGUUAAACACACAGUUUCAGGUUGAGUAGGCCUAACUUUUCUCUGACUUCAACUUUAACGUGUCUUCAACUUUUACCAAAGAUAUUUUUUCCAUGAAGCUGAACUUGUUAUAUUUUACCGGAUCAUAAAAUGUCAAACUUUCAUCUUCAACUAACUCGUGGUUUUAUUCUGAAGCCUGUAGCGUCCGUAAAAUUAGGUUACAAAUGAUGUCAGUUCAUAAAUAUAUUUGCAGCACCUUAAAGCAUCCCUAAAAUUCAUAUUCAACAGAGAUUAUAAUGAAAGUUAUCAAUUGUAUUCCUCACCUGCAUCUCCGUGUUAUUUAUUAUAGGAUCAUUGAAAAUAAAUGUUUCAAGGCCUCGUUGGGACUUACUCGAGGCCUCCGCUCGGUGUCAAGUGCCUGCAGCAGCCCUGCUUUGAAAAUAAAGAUGUUUUUGUUCUUUAUGUCUUAUUAGAUACUGUUUGUAGAGAGGGCUGUAAAAAAUCUAAAACCACUUUAAACAAGACGGUCUCCUCCGCGAUAAGACAGCUGUUAAUGGAGGUAUUCAUUAAAUCUAAGCCAAUUAACUGCAUGAUUAAUCAGGUCAAAAUCAAUUCAUACAACAUGUGAAUUUGAAGCAUUUUAUUUUCUGGUGUGUAUGUGUGUGUGUGUUUGCCUGUCUGUCACACGGUGAGGGACGGGCUGCAGCUCCCGUGUGUGCGCAUUGGGAGUAUCCUCUGCACGUGCCCAAAUGCCCCUGUAGUCUGUAAUCUGCCAGGCGCACCUGAGACACAUCCAACCUUUCACCCUAACUUAUUGGAGAAGAAUCAAACUCAGCUAUGUGAAUUAUGUUUUUUUUUUUUUUACCAAUUACAUCCUCUCUCAUUUGCACAUAAAGCUUCAUCCCCCUUGAAGUGAUCGUGUCUGUCAUUCAGCUGCACUGCAAGGACCCUAAAAAAAGCAGAAGGAUCGUAAUUUGAAAAUCAAAAAUCUCCACAAAUUGUUCAAUUUCUAGUUGAUCUCACAUCAUCCACCAAAAAAAAAAAAAAAAAAAAAUAGAAAACAAAAAAUGUUCAACUACAGUCUGUGAAAUGACAUCCAUCUUUGUGUAAAGUUCUUUCUCUGUGUGUCUGGGGUAUUUUUCAGAUUAUAUUGAGUUGAAAAAUUCUGUUGCUUUCACAUGGAAAGUUGUAGAAAGUUGAUUUAUGGUGGGCCAAAAGUGCAAACAGGUUUAUUCAAACGAUUUAUAUAAAUCCUUCCAAUACUACUUCACCUCAAAAUCAGUUUACCCUUUCCUAUAAUGACAACAGUGAAGAAUGACUGAAAAGAAAGUAGCACUUGUGUUCGUGUUUUUACUCCAAUAACAUGGCCCUCUGGACUUUUUAAGAAAUGUUUAUUUUUGAAAAUCCAAUGCCUAUUUAUUUAGGGGAGACAGGGGUUGGUUGUCACACUUUUUACUAAGUGAAUUUCUCCUGAUCAGUACAUCUUUUAGUGGUAAUAUCUACAUUAGACAAACAAAAGCUUUGGGUUUGCUUUGAAAUGGGCUCCCUCUUUUCUUAUAAAUUAAUUUUACGGCAUACUAUUGGCCAUCAAAGACACUGGCGUGUUGUAAAAAAACAAUCAAUCCUAUGAUUGGUUGUCAGUGAACUGGAGUGACAAUGAAAUGUAACUUUUUUUUUUUUUUUAAACCAGACACCAAAUAUAUUUUUUUAAAUCCAGGAACAACUCCAUAAUGUUCAGCGGUGCCCUUGAAUUAUUCUCUCUAAUUGAGAAAAAUGUAGUCCAAAAAAGGGUUACAAAAUUAGAGAUUUAAACAAGAAACUAUUUAUUUGUUUUGUGUGUGUGUGUGUGUGUGUGUGUGUGUGUGUGUGUGUGUGUGUGUGUGUGUGUGUGUGUGUGUGUGUGUGUGUGUGUCAGUAAGUAAGAAAACUGGACACCUUAACAUGAAAGUUGGCUAUGUUGACUGCAUUUCUGAAAUGAUUUUACCAAAAAAUCAAAUAGCAUAAAAAAAUAAACAGGAGAAAACUUUGUUACAAAGACAGCCCUGAAGUACCUCAUUAUAUGUCCAACUUUUUCUUACAUGACGUGAAUAAAAGUGUGACAUCCACCUUACAGAGCAGUGAGACAACCAUCCCCACCUGACCUCCUGACAAAGAUUUUUUGCUAUUGAUAGUCCCAAAUCAACACUAUAAACUCUAAUUUUUCAAUAAUUAUUUAUCUGUAAAAUGACCAAUCCCUUUAAAACCUUUAUGACCUCGGUCUCCCGUACAGUCCAAAUAAUAAUAAUAAAAUAUAGCUAGUCUCCACUUUACUUUAUUACUUUGAUCAGCAACAUCUGCUUUGAUUAAUCUGUUGUUUUUGAUGUUUUAAAUUUGUUUUUAUGUCUGAGUUGUUUUUGUCCACUUAUGUACAGCACUUUGUUUCAACUGUGGUUGUUUUAAAGUGCAAUAAAUAAAGCUAAGUUGAGCAACAGCUUAACACAGAUCCUUAUUAUUAUUUUUAUUAUUAUUAUUAAUAUUAUUAUUAUUUGGGGCAGUGGGAGCAGUGGCAGAAGUGUCGUGCAGCAGCAGUAGCUCGGUCGGUGUGUGUCUGUCUGUGGACUGUGUUCUGCUCAUAUCAGCACUCUGUGAAUGCGGCUGAAUGAAACUUUUAUAUUGUCAUCAGUGUGUUCAACAGAACUCCUUUAUGUCCCUUGUACUGCUCAAAUUGGGCUCCCCGCUGCGGUUUUGUGUCGCGGGUUUUUUAACGAGCCGCAGCUAACGAGGCAACGACAUCAGAAUCCCGCGGACACACAAAGCCUGCUGGGUAUUUACCGAGCCGAGCUGCGGCUCCGCUCCUACGGCUCUUUGUGUCCUUUCACACGGAGAAACAGCUGAGUUAUAGCGGGAACAAGGUGCCCGCAGCCUGUGUGUGUGUGUGUGUGUGUGUGUGUGUGUGUGUGUGUGUGUGUGUGUGUGUGUGUGUGUGUGUGUGUGUGUGUGUGUUGGGGGGUGCUGCUUCAUGUUCAUUAUGCAGGUUGUUAAUGACAAGAGCUUCAGAGGAGGAUCUGCUUUGAUGCCUUUAUUUGGGGCCAACCAUAAAAGACUUUGGUUUUUGAUAAUGUGAUGUAGAAUAAUGAAUGUCAUGAGCUCCUCUGCCUUAAACACACCAAACAGUUCAACUUGGUCCUGAGUAACUUCCAUCCAUAAGGAUGCAUGUUGAAACAGCUCUGAACUGUGGCCCUCACCCUCACGUUACAACUUUAAUCUGCCUAAUGUGCUAUUUUCAUUCUUACUGGUAUAUUUUUACUUUUCAGUUUAACGUGAGUAAUCCUUCAAAAAUGAUUUGACGAUCCCACAUCGUCAAGACUAUGUCGUUUGAGUCCAUAGUCCUGUUUUGUGUUCUUGUUUAAAAUGUCACACAUUUGGUUUAUCCUCAUAGUGACCCCAGGUAUUCUGAUCAAUAGUCAUGUGUAAAAUGUUUGCACAUAAGUGUUAGGCAUAAUUUCUUUAUUGUGACAGUAUAUGGUCAUAAUUCAGACAGACUCACAGAAUUGGUCGUCUCUUUUUAUCCAUGCCUUCUAAACUAUGUACUUAAAAAGCUGACACAAACAAACAGAACCAAUAUCAAUUAAAUAAAUACAAAAUUCAACACCUGCUCCUUAACAACAUUUAUGUCAGUGUUUAUUUCAACUGGAUGAGUUGGACACCUGCACAUGACCUCAACUUUUUGUGGUUUUCAUCUUUGAUUAAAAAUAGCACAGAAAAAUGACAAUUUAGAACAACUCAUAAUGUCAAGGUUAGCUUUUAUUGACCUCUUUAAAAAAAUAUAUCAAAUUAUCUUUCAUUUCUUUGUAAAACUAAUGUAUUGGACCUCGACACAUUUGGCAGAAAUGGUCCAAGAUUCUCUCUGCAAUAGUAAAAAAAUUGUCACAACACAACUGUUUGGUUUCUCCUUGAUGAUAACAUGAUGGAACCAGUGAUUACUGUGAGCAGCAGAAAAGCAUUUAGAUAUUUUGUGUCUGUUGUAAAAAAAAUAAAACAAAUAAAAAAUAAAAUAAAAAAAGGCUCAAGCAGAGAUGUGACAGAAGCACAGGUAAGGAAACAGACCCCUUUUGUCCCUGUGGUACUAAACUUAAGUACAAGGGGUGUGUGCGUGUACAUAUAUAAAUAUAAGAAAAAAUAUUGAUUCAGCAGCAACUUGUGGAGUUACUGAUCAAAAACCAAAAUUUUACAUAAAAUUUGCAGACUAUAUAACCUUGUCAGGUCAGAAAACGUGUCUCCAAAUCUGUCACAAACCUGUUCACAGAGAACAAGGCAAACUCAUUUGAAGCAAGCCAGUAGCCUAGUUCUGAGUUUUGGGUGAUAUAUCUGGAUAAGAGAACAACUGACCAAGAGUAGACUCAUACAUAAAGAUGAAAGAAAGCCACCUGUGUGUCAGUACAGGAAAUUAGUGCCUGUGUCAGUGCUCUGGAGCCCAGAAUGAGUGCAGGACUCCUGUCUGUGCUCAAAACUUUAUGGGCAUUAGCAUACAUUAGCAUAUGAAGCAAUCUCAGGACAGUUUGGCAUUCAGCCAUUCAGUCCAAACACCGUCAACCAGAGUUUUUCUAUCCAAUGAAAUGUUCCCCCUAAACUGCUGAAAACUCAUUUCAAAACUUCUUUAAAAACUGUAUGUAGAAGAGAAAUUAACAUGUCCUCAUAUCCAGGAGGAGAUUUUGGGUUUUGUCUGUGUAUGUACUCUACAUAACAACACAAUAAGUGUUUUUGUCUCUGUCCACACAGAUUUCAGGAGCCAAACAAGCUGGGAGACCGGUGUGGCUUCGAUGAUGCAAAACAGUAAGUGAUACUGCUGAAGCGUUUGGCAUCAUUUAUGGUUUCAACAUUCCCAGGUCUUCUUAUUUAUCACCCGUAGAUACUGUGCCAUUGAGUUAUUUGAACCCCAAAGAUAGCAUGUAAAAAUGAACUGGAAAAAAAUGAAUUAGCCUUUAAAUAAAUCGCUUGGCUGAAUGAUAUGUAGCUGCAGCUUGAGAUCAGUGAGUGAGUUUGACAAUGAACUUCACCUGUGCUCUCUGUAGGAAGUUUGUGUGGAUCUCUCUUCUUUUUUUAUCUUACUCCAUCCAUCUUUCCUGAUCAUCACUCCUAUGAUACAUUGCCUCUACCUCUAAUAUUUACUUCAUUGUAAAUAGUUAUACUGCCAGGCUUUAAGGUGUCUGCAGCAUUACCACAUUACCUGCACUCUAAUCGAUUGUAAUUCUCAGUAGUGAGAAUGAAACAGCUGGAGGAUUGUUGAGGAACAGCUAAAGGUGGACCAAUAUUCAUUUACUAAGAUCAUUAGUGAAUGAAGCACAGCUUACAUUAGGAGGUGACCAAAAUGAAAGUGGGUUCAAUCACUCUGCAGUCUGCUGCAUUAGUACUGUAUUUAACUUUCACCCAAGUCCCCUGAAAUGUGUGUGUUUGGCAUACACACACACUCACAGUAUGAGAUAAAUGCAGUGGUAUUGUGUUGAUUUUUUGCUUUUAGGCACAGGGAGUAAAAUUAGGAAUAUUUAAGGACAUCUUACAGUCAUAUUCUGGGACACAACACUUCCUAGAUGACGACAAGAAGCUUCUGUGAUGCAUAAUUAUGAUUCACCAUUCACCAUAAUGACCAUUUGUAAAAAAUAUUUAACUUAUUGUCUACUGAUACACAUCAUUUGGUGCACAGCAACGACUGUGGUACAAAAGGUUUAGUUAAACAGUCAAAAUGCUUUUUCAAAAGGAUCAAGGUAUAAAUGUUAACUUCUUUUGAUAUGAAUUAGAAGCUUUUGAAGCCUGACCUUGCUCUACAGAACCCUUUAGCUAUGAUAUUUAUAAUCAUAUUUACAAAUUAUUACUUAUCUAAAUAUUGUAGAGCUUUACUUUAAUACAUUUUUGAAAUAACUGCUCUGACACUUGAUGUGAUAUUUAUUACCUAUUCAUAUACUUGGAUUUUAUUGCACACCCACAUUUGUAGAUGAUAGCUUAUCAUUUUCCAACUUCCAACAGUAGUUGAUUUGGAGAAACUAGGGGCUGUAUUCGUGGUGAGCCAUGGGGAAUUGGUGCUACAGCCAUCCCUCAUGUUUAGCACAUUUGCAGGUUCAUCAACUUUGCCCAGAAAGCACAGUGGGAUAGAACGGAAGUGAAGGCAUCACACUUUCCUGGUGUCCCUAAAGUGAGGACUGCAUACAACAAUUGAUAAUAGUGGGACAGAUUGAAAAUCGAUAAUUUCAGAUGCCAGAGUUUAUUUGUACUCUGAUUUGAGGUCAGAAACCUCAAACAAAAAAUAUGGAUAAUAAACUCUCUGAGUUGCAUCAUGUUGGGCUGUGGCUAUUGCCAUGGUUUCUUUUGAUUACCAUAAUGUCAAUCAAGAUGUUAGUUGCUGCACACACAGUACUGAGAAAUGGUCUUAACUGGAAAACAAGCUGUUUUUGAAUAAGUUUUCUACUUAUAAUGAUAUUUUUUUUACACUUCUAAGCCCACAAGUGACCAGCUAGCUGGUGUAAAAGUGUAACAUCUUACAAACGGAAAGACAUUGCGCGGUGAGGAAGAAGUAGGCAGUCAGCUAAAUUUCUGUAUUAAUCUGUUGGGGCAGUGUGAAGACUGCCAAAGAUGAUACUGCAGGGUACAACGUAAGGUACAUUUAAAAGACUAUGCCCAGGAUUUUUUCCUAAGAGUAAGAGAGGGUAUAUGGUGGUCUGUGCAUGAGUAUCCUGGGAUUUUUUUUCUGCUGCAGAGGCAUGAUUUUGAUGGUGUUGUAGUCUUGGUGUCAAGCAUGUGUAUAUAGUUGUUAUGAUACCACCUAGUGAAAAAGGGACUGGGUAUUUCACUGGCUGACUGACUUUAAGAGUGACAACUUUUGGUUGGUUGUUUUUGCCCAAAAGGAUUAUAUUGCAGUCAAUCUUUGAACCCAUCACAAAUCAUUGUCUUUACUGUCUGAUGAAGAAGAGAAAUAUACAUAACAGCAUUUCAAUUGUUUAGGUAUCAGCCAGUGGUUACAAAUAUGACUCUCUUCUCACAUUUCACAGCUAAAGUGAAAGUUGAUUCAGGUUCUCAUCAAAGCGACUCAGCUGCUGCUCUCAAGGGCUGGCUUGUAUGUGUGUGUGUGCGAGUGUGUGUGAGUGUGUCACAGAGGGACCACAGCCAAAUUGACUCCAUAUGUCUGUCUAUUAAUUGUGUGUCAGCGGAGGGAAGCCCGGGUGCUCUCCCGUGGGAAAUGACACUGUGAUUAACAUUUCUAUGGCACCAUGACCAACCCUUAAACACACAGUAAACAUGAUGUGAGGCAGCAUGAUGAAGAGUUUAGAGUAAAAUCCUCUACCAGCACACUCAAAGUCAACAGCUCCUGCAGGGCUGGGACUCUGACUAUAAUUUAAUUAACCAGAUGAGAAGUUCAAAGCCUCGACAGUGUGAGGUGUAGUGAAAUGUAAACCCUCCCUCAUCCAGGUUAUCCAUCUGUUUUUCCACUGGAGUAGUUUUUACCCAAAGAGAGAUGGGGUGGGAGUCUGUUUUGAGCAUUCUGACAAAUAAAUGAGCAGAUUUUCAUUAAAUUUCUGGUAACACUUUAAUUGACGCCUAUCUUUAUAACGUGUUAUAAAUGUAUGUACAAUGCGUUAUAAUCACAUUAUAGCACUGUAUAACUAUAGUUAUAAACACUCUUGUUAAUGAUAGCAGUAAACAUAACACAUUAUAAAGCAUUUUAUCAUGAUUUACAAGGUGAGGUAUUAUAAUGUGUUAUAACUGUUAAUGCAAUGCAACUGUUGUUAACAGUUAAAACACAUAACUUGAUUAUAAUGCAUUAUACAUAUGUUUAUAAUGCGUUAUAGAGGUAGGUGUCAAAUAAAGUGUUACCAAAUUUCUUUCAAAUAAUAGCAAAUUAUUACAUUGAUCAUUGUGUCAUACAAACUGAGAAAAUACUUCACCUCUUUGCUCGAGUCAUUUAACUCCUGUUAUAUAGCCAUGCAUCUGUUUUAUGAAGGACUUUACCAUUAUUCAAACAUUUGAGCACACGCACAAAUUUUGUGGUUCUAAUCAACUUUUUUUUAAAUGAAAACUGCAUAUAAACUUUUUAACUUUAAUCAAAGAAAUGUACUCCUCCAAGUUACACUAAUUGACAUAUAAACUUUUUAACUUAUAAAUCAAACUACGUGAGGUCUUGGAAAGCUCCUUCUUUUUCACCGGUACCUGGACAACUCUUUAAAAAAGGGAAAGUUUAGUGACCUAUGUUGUGUAAAUCGAAGUCUUUCAGGAGUAUGGGACUAAAACUCCACAUCGAGAUUGACGAUAUCUAUGACAGUGAUGGGCUACCUAAUUUUUAAGUGCCAUGAGCUAAUCUGCCAGUUUUUAUCCAAUGAGCCCCAUUAUCCCCAAAUGAAAUGUAGAUAGUACAACCAAUGUAGCACAAGUAGCUCACCACUUCAAGGGUCAUUUUAUGUAUUACCAUAAAUCAUCAAAUAAAGGUUGUGGCUUGUGGCUUUUAGCACCGGUUUCUGUGAAUUGGUUGUUUUUUGCAAACGAGGCUGGUUUGCACAGAGAGAAGUAUAGGCAAACAUCACUGGCACACAGAGACGCUGUUUGCUUGGCACUGCAGUUUGUGGAGCAUUCAACCCUUUGUGCUUUGUGAAUCACACAAUGUCUUUUUGGCUAGUUUGCACAGGUUUAGGGAAUCAGGCCCUCACUAUGUACUAGAAUAUGAACAAUUAUGAUCCUCUCACUGUGAGAAGGCCUGCCUGCUGCACAAACCUGCAAUAUAUCAAGGUCUGGUACCUUCGGCGGAAAAAGCAAAUAAAAGACCCAGUCUUUAUUUGUCUGUCAAGUCUGUACAACUAAAUACUGCUUAUAACCACACACACUUUACCUUUCAUUAAAUUGUGUGAACUACCACUGACAUCCAACAGCCUCAAGAUUCAUAACACAUCAUCCACAUGCACCUGUUUGAAGAUAAAACUAAUGUGAGGAAUUGGUACUGGACACAUGUUUAAGUAGUCAGAGAUGUGAUUUACACCAUCAUCUCCAAAUACCAAAGCUUUUAUAACUCUGAUAGUUCUACUUAUGAUCACUGAAUGUGGAAGUUACUUUCACUUCCAGCAGUGUAUGGAUGUGUGUGUAGAUGUGUGCACAUGUGCCUGUAUGUGCUGUGUGUAUGAUUUAUUAAUGUCCCGUUGAGAGGUUUAUAAAUCUGCAAUAUGCUUUCCCCCACAGAGCCAUUAAGUGACAACAGACAAUUGAUUCAGUAAAUCCCUACUUAACCUGCAGAGCUUCACAGCACACACUGUGGUCUGCUGCUGCUGCUGCUGCUGCUGCUGCUGCUGCUGAGAGAAUCGUGUCAGAUCAGACGAGCAACAUGUUGAUCAGCAGACAGGACAGUUUGAGCUUCACAGAAAUCCCCUCCCUCUAAAAGCUGAAGUUUGGCUGAGGGGCUUAAAUGCUUUAUGUAGUUUUUUCACUCUCAGGGAUGCUUUGGGUGUGAUAACAGUUUCAGGGUUUGUCUUAUCAGGAAGCUAUUUACAUCAUAAGCUGGUGUACAAUUUACACACAGACAUCAGCUCAGCAGAGAGAAGGAUAAACAGGUAGAGGCACCAAAGGACAACAGCACAAAAGCAAAACUUUUCCAGGAACCUGAUGUUAUUUGAUAAUCAAUACAUCUUACCUGCUGCCAGCAUUAUUUGCGACGGCUACAUUUCCAGUUACCAUCCCUGAAUGUCAUUGGCCUGUUCUGCAUUAUUUACCUAGGACUUUAAGUCCUGUUGGAAAUACAGAUAAUAAUAAGCCACGGGAACCAUUAAGUUCUUUGAAGAACAGUCCCUAGAACUAAAACUUCCAUUCACUUUUGGUGGAAAUGCACUUUUACUUAUUAUUAACAAGUGCCUCGUACGUCCUUCUUUUCAUGGAUUCCCUUGCAAAUUGAGUGAUAUGAGUGGCUGCUGUGUUACAUAAAAUAAGCUAUUAGAGUUGUGCUGACUAGUACAGAAAAGGAAAAAGCAUGUUUAUCUUGAUGUAUCCUGUUUAUAUGUUUCAGUGACUAUUAUGGCCAAAGACUGGGUUGCAAGAAACUCGAUGCACAUAACAAGCCACAAUACAAGAGUCUUGUGUGCGCAGUGUAUUGAAAGAACAUCCAUCUUAACAUAUAAUAAACCAAACUAUACCACUUUUUCUCCUCAUCUUCUCUGGCCUGUGUUCACUGACUCUCUUUCUACUUUAAGUGUGUGAUUAAAGGGGCUCAUUAGAUCAUCAUACUUAGAUGUAUCUUUCUAUUACUGUUUAUUACUCCUUAGUUUAUCUGCUUUAAACCGCACCAAUUUUCCACCCCAGUUUAGAUCAGAUGUUUCUCAGCAAAGCAUUUUUCUUAAGAUUUUUGUGUUUUGUUUUGUUUUUGUUUUUUUUUUUCACUUUUUGUGUUGUCUGUAGGUCACAGUGGAGUAAACCAACUUGGAGGUGUGUUUGUGAACGGGAGACCCUUACCUGAUUCAACCAGGCAGAAGAUAGUGGAGCUGGCACACAGUGGGGCUCGACCCUGUGACAUUUCCAGAAUACUGCAGGUAAAGUCCUGAAGGUACUUCAGUCCGAUUUAGACUGUGAAGGUCAACAUUGUUUUUAUUGGUUUUCCAGGAAAGUUGCAGAACCACCUCUAAGGGGUUCUAGUCUCCAUUUACACUCUGAGGGCCACUAUAGGUGCCUUAAGACCAGUGUUGUGGUCAAGUCACCAAACCUUACAUCAGCGUGAAGUCUCUGGUCUUAAGUGUUCACAGUGGUUAGCACUGUCGCCUAAUAGCAAGAUGGUCCUGGGUUCGAAUCUGGGUCAGGGUGUUUCUGAGUUCGUACAUUCUCCCUGUGUCUGUGUGGGUUUACUCUGGGUACUCUGGUUUCCUCCAACAUCCAGUAAACAGGCAGAAGUGGGGUUAGGUUAAUUUGUUACUUUUAAAAUUGCCUGUAGGUCCUGUAUUGUCCAGGGUGUCCCUUGCCUUCACUUCAAGAUGCUGGGAUAGGCUCCAACCUAUAAGUUGUAGAAACUGGAUGGAUGGAUGGAUGGAUGGAUAGUUUGCUUAGAAUAAGCAUAUGGUAACACUGUAUAGCUAUUUAAAGUAAGGGACAUUGGUAAUUCCUUAAGAUGGAUGCUGCCCACCAUAGGAUUAGGAUAAAAUGAAGAAACAGCUGCAGCUAACUGUAGUAACUGUAAAAUGGCGAGAUAUCUUUGAAACUGGUGUCAAGAUUUAUUGUAAAUCCAAAGAACAAAUGUUAGAGCUGGUGCCUCUUUGGGAGUACCAAUAAAUUAAACAUGUAUGCUCUAUAACUGUUCCUCUAGCUGUUUCAUGACUUAUGACAGACUUAAUGUAAAGUGUACUCCAUUCAAAAUAAAAGUUUCCUUUGGUGCAAAAAAUAGCUCAUUGAACCGCUUUACAUUAUGUAAUUAGAAAUUUCCCUUUAAAAACUUCAAGAGAGACAGCAGAGGCCUUUAAAAUGUGUGUGUGAUGUGUACUUCUUUUCGCAUUUAGGUAUCCAACGGUUGUGUCAGUAAGAUCCUGGGCAGAUACUACGAGACUGGUUCAAUUCGUCCUCGCGCCAUAGGGGGGAGUAAACCCAGAGUGGCCACUCCAGAGGUGGUAGGGAAGAUCGCUCAGUACAAGAGGGAGUGUCCGUCCAUUUUUGCAUGGGAGAUAAGAGACCGACUGCUUGCAGAAGGAGUCUGCACCAACGACAACAUACCGAGUGUAAGGCCUUUGACUCUUAAGUCAAAUCAUAGAUUUGUCUGUGCAGGUAAUGUCAGUUAAAACUCAUCAGCAAAACCAGCUUGCUCCAUGGCUUGGCUGUUGAAGCAUGAAAAAGGCGAUAGAGCAGGUAGUUCAAGGUUUAAAACAGUUACCAAGGUUUCACAAAUCAUAGGAAAAUAAGUGUGUUAUAAACAGCUUUAAACAGAACAAAAUUGUACUCAAGAAGUUACAGAAUGAAAAUUUGCUGGGAAAUUUAAGUUAGUUUUUUUUUCGUCAAUGACAUCAAACAUGUUGUAUUAACCAUUAGGUUUCAUCAAUAAACCGAGUGCUCAGAAACCUGGCCAGUGACAAACAGCAAAUGGGCACAGUUGGAGCCGAAGGGAUGUUUGACAAACUCAAGAUGCUCAACGGACAAACCAACUGGGGAGGACGCUCAAGCUGGUACACUGGAACUACAAUCCCUGCCAGUGGUAUGUAAUUUACAUACAUUUUUUCCUACACAUCUGCCACUUUACCCCAACUAAGAAUUACUGCUUCUCAUGCUAACAGUGCUGAUACAGUCUGCUCUCCUGGUGGCAAACAUGAACUAAAUCUGAAAUAAUUUAUAAACGCUCCCACGUUUUGCAUCUCUUUGCAUUUUGCUGCAGUUUUGCGAAUGAUUGUAGAGAUGAGCUAUCAGCAUCCCCACCUGUUGCUGCACAGAGCUGCUCCUUGCACUCUCAUUCUGACGACAGUACAUUUUUCCUCAUGCAGGAGUUGAGCCAAAUGGAUAGGGGACACUUCUCCCAAGUCUAUUGUGGGGUUGAUUCAUCAGACAUGUGACACGAAUUUCACAGUUUACAUUCAAAUGUACAAUUUGAGGUUAUCCAGAGCUGGAAUUGUGAACAUGAUCACAUAAUGCACAAUUACCACCAACUCUAGGCAGGUGGUACAGAUUACUCCAAAUGCUAAUGACUGUUGGCAUUGAUGUUUUAUUUUUUUAUUUUUUUUAUUUAUUAAUUUUUUUUCUUUUUGUGAGGUUUACUUGCAUAAAAAUAGUUCUUUUUUGCUUCAUGUGCCUAUAUAAGGGCUCAUUUGAUGUAUGUAGAAAAUACUGACUGUAGUGGCUCCUACACAGCACAGUUUGUGGUUCAGUAUUUGCAGCUGCUUUGUGAAUCAGAUGUUGCCUCUUCUGUACACAAUAAGUGAACACAACACCUGCGCAAAGUGAAGAUGCCCAACAAAGUUCCCUUUGGGAAUCAAUAAAGUUCUUGUAUUGUAUUGUGUUGUAUUGUAUAGAUUUGUCAUGAUAUGAAAAAAAAUUAAAUUUACAGAUUGUAAUGAGACAUCACAGACUAUGUCAGAGAUGCUCUUGAGCACCUAGGAUCCGUAGAUACGACACGUUAACUAAAAAAAACUCAGCAUUUUUCAAUAAAUGUUUAGAAUAAAAUUAUAACAAAAAGAUUUUCUUUCACAGUCUCGCAUUAGAUCCUUAUUGUUCUCCGACCAAUGGGGGAACAACACUAUUUGUCAUUUUAAUCUUCCUUAUGAACCAAGAAUAAGACUUUUUAUUGACAUGAAUUAUAUUUGCAUUCAGGUCAAAUAUUUUUGCUCUUUUGCCAAAUUACCUCCUAUUGCCAUAAUAUGGAACAGGAGACACAUUGUGUAGAGUUCACUGAGCAGCAUCCUCUCCUCUUUCUUCACUGUGUGAGGGCCCCAUUUGCUGUAUGGAGUAGACUCAUAUGCUGCUGAUCCUCCUCAAGCACCCUGGGAUUACAACAGUGAAACAAAGUCAUGCUAUACUACCACGGCUGCUGCCUUCCCAUCAGUCUGCAGCAUGCUUGUGUGUGUAGGGAAGAGGCAGAGGGGGCGUCUGCACUCAUUUGUGUCUCUUUCUGCCUGACUGAUUGUGACACUGAGCAAUGGCUCCAUUCUGUUUUGCAGUCUCUGUCUGCUGGGGAUAAUGAAUAAUUAGGCUAGCACCGCAAAUAACAUGAGUUCCACAGGGAGCUGGAGUCAAGCUCCCGUCUGCUCAAAGAUCUGCGCUCUGAAGAGCCCUGUGCCUUUAUUCAUCUUCAACUUAUACGCAUGGUUUACUCUCAUGGAUCUGAAUAUUACAUAUUGUGUUGUCUGCUCUGAUCAGGGCUGGGAUUUUAGUGAGGUACCACACACGUUUAGUUGUAAUUGCUAACAAACCUUCAGAGACUGUGUGUGACUUUGCAUUAAGUAUUAAGAUCUCAGGAUUUAAAUUGUAGUGUUCAGCUUAUCAAUGGCGUAAUUAUCCCAGUAUCAAAUGGAUGUGGGAUUUUUAUUAAACAUCUGACAUAAAUUAUACAUCAAAUCCUGAGUUUGUCCCAAUAGUUUACAUUUUAUGAACUGGCUAUUUGUCCACAUAAUCAUUCCCCUUGAUUCUGUCUUUGCUCAGAUUGUUCUCAGUCAGAUGGAGCGGAGAACACCAUCUCAGUAAGCUCUAAUGGUGAAGACUCAGAGGAGACCCAGAUAAGGCUUCAGCUGAAGAGGAAACUGCAGAGGAACAGGACAUCUUUCACUCAGGAGCAGAUAGAAGCACUGGAGAAAGGUAAUCACUGUGAAAAUAAUCCAUAAUUCAUCAUAAACAUCUUAACAUACAGUAUUUACCCAUGAAUUUAAAAAAAAAUCACAUAUUACUAAAUAUAUUAUUACAACGUUUUUAAUUCAGGGCUGAAAUUCUGUACUAAAAUGGCUCAUAUGUCUUUAAAUAUUGUCUUGAAUUCAUGUAAAUCCACCUCCUAAAAAUGAGUGAAACAAACAUUUUUUUCUUUUACAAUAUCUUAAACAUCAUUAGACCGACAAAUAACGGUUUAAAGGUGAAAACCUUUGAUCCAUUGAAUAUGACUCAUUUAGUAUUAAAGUCAGAAAGUUAAGCAGACUUCUGAACCGUCCAUGAAAAUCAUUGUUGUACUAUUUUAAAGAUUCACUGCCCAAGAAAACACUCUUGUAACCUCUUUGUGUAUUUUCACACCAUUUUGGUUUUUCAGAAUUUGAAAGAACUCAUUAUCCAGAUGUUUUUGCCCGAGAACGCCUGGCCAACAAAAUAGACCUUCCAGAGGCAAGAAUACAGGUAGGUUCUAUUAUUUAUUGGUUGAAUUUUGUGAUGCUCACAUUUUAACAAUGAGCCUUUAUGCAUGCUGGAAGCUUUUACAAUAGCUUUAAUUUUUUUCUCUGGUCAACAUUUACCAUGAAAGAUUUUUUCACUAAGCAGUCCUCUAAUGACUAUUCUAUAGUCGAUGGAAAAGUAUCAGCAUCAGCAGUGUACUUCAAUUUAAUCGGGUCUCAGAAAAAAAUUAGACUACCAAAAUCUAUACAUCUUCUUGCAUGUGCAGGUCUGGUUUUCUAACAGACGAGCAAAAUGGCGGAGAGAAGAAAAGCUGAGAAACCAGCGUCGGCAAGUGUCCAACUCCUCCAACCAUAUUCCCAUUAGCAGCAGCUUCAACUCCAGUGUUUACCAGCCUCUACCACAGCCUACCACACCAGGUAAGGACCACUACCAGCAAACACUACUGACAAAGCUUGAUUUAUAGUUUGUAAGCUUGAUCUUUAAAUUAUCUUAUUGUGUGUGAAACGAGGCAUUUAUCUGCAAUCUGCUUCUCAGAGAUACCUCACACAUUGGGAAGGGGUACAUUAAAAGGGCAGUCUAAGGGUAUCAGAACACGGACUUAAGAAAAGAGGCUGAAUUUGUUGGUUAGCUCUUUAUUUGCAUGUUACUUAAAGUAAAUCACAGAGGCAUGUGUGUGAUCAUUAUAUCUAACAAAACCAUGCAAAUUGUACCUAUAUUUUUAAGUUCCUUAAGGGGAACCUUCCCAAAAGGAUACAUUAAGUUGUAUCUAAUCUAAUCUAUAUUUAAGACCCCAAUUUACAUUCAGAACAACAAAGACAUGAACACAACCACAGUAGUUGGGGCAAAACCUGAACUGUUUUCUUCUUUGUUCAAUCUGGUACAUGUUUUCAGGAAAUUCUCAUUUAGUUAAAAGUAUGGUCAGCUUUUUUUUCACACAAUCUUGCAUGUCAUUUUUGACCUGAUAGUGAUUUACAAACGUUAGCUACAUGUUCAGCCAUAGCUUUAAACUUCAUACAGGCCAGCAAUAUCAUCAGAAAUCUUAUCUUGCAGGUUAUGGAAAUACUAAAAAAAAAUAAAUGAAAAUGUUAUUUACGCCCCCUAGAUUCAUGAAGAAAGUUUGUUAGAGACCUUACAAAUAUCCUCUCUAUUCCUCUGUUUUCAGUGUCCUUUUCAUCAGGAUCCAUGUUGGGAAGGUCAGAUCCAGUUCUGUCCAACAGCUAUAGCCUUCCAGCCAUGCCUAACUUCAGUAUGGCUGCCAGUCUGCCUAUGCAAGUAAGAGGACCUCAUAUUACCUAAUACUCAUGGCUUGUCCUGUGCUAAUAGAUGAUGUAAAGGGAAAACUGUUAGUCCUUGAUGAUUUUUGUUGAUUUUAAUUGAUAACAUUGAGUUUACUUCUAGGCAUCCAGUCAGACCUCAUAUUCCUGCAUGCUGCCCAGCAGCCCCGCUGUAAAUGGAAGAAGUUAUGAGACUUACACUCCUCCACACAUGCAGCCACACCUCAACAGCCAGUCAUUGGCCUCCUCUGCAACAUCAUCCACAGGUAAGUAGUAACUGAGAAGCUACAGUUUGAUAUUACACACAAACACUGUGUUAGUCAGUAAUUGAACUCUUGAAAAGAGUUCAUUAAGUUACUCAACACUGGUAAUUAGCAAUAGUUAUGAGUUACUAAAAUCAAAAACAGCUGACGAACUGGGUCACUGUAAAAGAUUAGAAUUACCCAUCUUGGCCGUGGACAAACUUUCCCUUACUGCAAAUGAAGCACAGGGCAGCUGUGGCUCAGUGUUGGUCGUCUCUUAGUCAGAGGAUCUGCUUUUUGAUCCCAGCUCCAACACUGACAUGCUGAAGUCUCCUUAAACCCAUAUCUGCCAUCGUCAGGGUUGCAUGAGAAUGGGAUUCAUUACUACUGGUGAUCCUCCACAACAGCCUUCUCAUCAAAGUUUGUGCCCUUGAUGUUUUAAUGUGGUGAGCAGUGUGAAAGUGCUUUGAGUGGUGUGGAGGACAAGAAAAGAGCUUCUAUGAGUCAAAUACAAGUCAAUUUAAUUUUUACUGUUAACCAUAGUCGAUCACUGUGUUUUUGUCUUGGGAGGAAAUAGUGCAGGCAGGUCCAAGAGGGAGAGCUCAUGCUUGAAUUAUCACUAUCCCCUGUGUGUUAGCACACAGAGUCACAGUGAAUUAUAGAGUUGUAGAAUGUUUUGUGGAGGAUAUGACUUGGCAUUGGAAGAAGAUGUUGCUCUAAAACAUGUGUACUGUCAAAUUUCUUCCUCCAUGUGCAAAAUACAAAUGCCAAAGCAGUUUGUGUCCUCAUUCUAUCAGUCACUAACUUUUGAUUAAGUGGUCCCCCUCCUCUUUCACAUUGUCCAUUAUUUCCAAAAAGAAUAUCCAAUUUUGAUUUUCCACACACCAUUACACAGUUUUCCACUUCCCCUCAGUUUGCCUUAGCAUAGUUACCAACAUUUCUAGGUCAUAUUUACAUCAGGAUUUCUCUUUUUGAUGGUACAUUUGUGGAAGGAGCAGUGGACUUUGUUUACCAACAAUGACUUUUGGAGCCCAUGCAGUGAUUUGUACCAUGUACAGAGUCAUGCCUGUUUUCAAUGCAGUGCCACCUUAUGGGCUUAAGAUUACAACCAUUCAGUAUUGGUUUUGGACCCUUUGGCUUUUGCACAGAGAUUCUUGAAAUCUUUGAAUAGUACUCUGUACUUUAGAUGAUAAAAUCCUCAAAUUCUUUUCAAUAGUGAACUGAAGAGCAUUGCUUUGAAACGAAAUCAUUGUGCACAGAGUAAUGGAUCUCUUACGUUCUUGACUCAUGACGGACUCCACUCUGACCUUUGGAGAUUACCUUCUUUAUCCAUUUAUCAUUCUACAAACCUGUUGCAAACUAGUCCAAUUACAUGGGAGCGGAUUUUGGUGUUUAUUAGACUUACACUACUGUGUUUUGUCAGUGUCAAUAUCUGAUAUGUAGAAUUUGUAAUUGAACCCAGGGUUGAACUGAUUUGUAAACCAUCAAUCUGUUUGUACCAGUAAUCUACACUGUUUUCCAAGGUUGUUUUUACUGGUGUUGAUAGUUACUUUGCCGUGUCUUUAUUGAUAAACUUACACUCAAAAUAACCUCUUUGUUCUCCUCGGUUUAGGUCUGAUUUCUCCUGGUGUCUCAGUUCCAGUCCAGGUUCCAGGGAGUGAAGUGGACAUGUCACAGUACUGGCCACGCCUGCAGUGAUCAGCAGCAGUGAAGGCUACAACAGAACUGUAAGGGACAUCAAAGCAUGACCCAUCUACUACCAAGAUUGUUGCUUGAAUGUAGAAAAGGACCUAAAACCAACUGAGAGACACUGCAAAUGAAUAUGUAGAGGUAACUCUUAUUGGUGAUUUGGAGGAAAAGUGAAAACCAAAUUCUGGACUCAAGCAAGAAGGAGAGACAUGUCCACUCGAUCAGUUGAAGGAUUUUAACACUGUUCACAAGUGACGGUCCAGCUACAUCCGAUCUUUGGGAUUAUUUUCAUCACAUCAUCGCUGCUAGCUACAGUUUGAAGUCUGGCUUGUGAGGACUCUGGAUCAGAAAGAAAAGCUAUAGGAGCUCAGGAACAUGGACCAUCUUACCCUGGGAGACUAGGAGGGGAAACCAGUGACCUCCACCUUCAGUUUCUUAUUUAUAAAAUGUUGUUGUAUUUGUAGCAAAAAAAAAAAAAAAAACAAAGAAGUUGACUGAGAUGUAAAGGGAAGAACUCGCUAAAACUUGAAACGAACUGUCUGCUGUGAAUUUGUUUGACAGGUGAUUCAAAAAGGCCGGCCAGGAAUGUGUAUACAAUUUCAGGAUGUGGAUUCUGGUAAAUUGUGUUUGGUAUUGUAAAAUCUUGACAGGGAUGUAAUCUGCUUAUGAGCAUGGACUUUCUUCAAUGAC